AUGGCUUCUCGAGCAAAGAUGCAGACCACACCAAUGGAUUCCUUCAUGAUGAGGAGGCCACGUCCGGAAUUUGUCCUGCGAGCAGCCUUGGCCUACGCAUGCACGCAGGUGGGCUCUGGACUCUUGGCCCUGGGCCCGGCCAUUGCCCACAGCGGCUGGGUGGGCGUGCCCGUUUUGGUGAUGUGUGGUCUUUGCUCAGCUUAUACCUCCUACCUGCUUGGUUGGACGAUCUUCCGGCUGCAGGUGCAUCCGUCUUCGGAGUCUGAGUCGGGGGACUCUUCGUCUGAAGAAUCGACGGAGGAGGAGUCGUCCUCCGAGAAGAUCGAGGCGACCGAGGUUGAGAUCAAUAGCUACGAUGAUGUCGGGGAACAAGCUUUGGGCAUGCCAGGGCGCGUGAUAUCUUUGGUGGUGCAGGCUCUGAUGUUGAUUGGGGUUUGCACCAUCUUCCUGGUUCUCACCGGGAUCAAUGCAGAGCAGCUGGAAGAGAUCUUCGGGCUCAAAUGGCUUGAGAAGCGACCCUUGAUUCUGUUGGCCGCACUCCUUGAGGUGACGCCUAGCGUGCUGAUGGCCACAGUGAAGGAGACGUUUUGCUUGACGGCGUUUGGUGCCUUUUGCUCUGCCGUGUGCUCGUUGGUCAUCCUCGCAUCUGCCUUCACUCAUGAUACGGCCAUCGACGACUGCCUGGAUGAUGGCCAAGAGAACAGCUGGCCUUUCUUCACAGACUUCAAAGGUUUGUCUUUGUCCUGGAACACGAUCGUGUUCUCCUUCGGUGGGAUCAACGUGCUGCCCACCUUGCUCUCGGACUUUCGGCAGCGUGGGGUCUUGGGUCGUGCAUUGGUGAGCUUCACUUGGCGCAGCUACCUCUUCAUCAUUUUCUUUUAUGUGAGUCAAGACGGAUCCCUGGAAAAAGAGACUGAAGAGCUGCCAAAGCUGUUUGUAAAGGAGGCUUUGGUGGCCAUUUGCGGCUACAAAGCAGGAGGACUCGCCAUGGCAAGCCAAAAGGUCGAUUCCAAUGUCCUCAUUGGAUUGCAUGGCUGCAGCCCAUCACGAGGCGGAGGAUGGGAUUUGAUCGUUCCUCGGAUGCUACAGGUUGCAUAUGCUGCAAUACUGAUGCACGUGCUUCUGGCAUUUCCAGUGCCGUUUCACGCGCUGGCUGAAACCAUUGAAGCUGCGCUUGGUAUCAGAGACCAGUUGGUUGAGUCGAGCCUUUGCGGGCGCGGCCUGUUGUUGCGUGUUCCGCGCUUCCUUGCACUAGGUGCCUUCCUGGCCUACAUCAUCCCGUUCUUUGGCGCCUUACUGAAUCUGGUGGCAGCCUUGGCUGGGCAGGCAUCGGUCUUCAUUUUGCCGGUGCUCUUCAGCUGGGCGGUGCAACGGCAGCAGGGGCACCGCAUCCGAGCCUACGAUUGGCUGCUGGGCGCCGUGGCGGAAAGCGGCCGGGCGACCGGAGAAAAGGCCACGACCCAAACGAUCAGAUUGAGAUCUCCACGGUGA